CGCGGGAGGUGCAGGUGCCGGGCCGGGAGCAGGCGGUGGCGGUGGCGGCGGCGGCGGCGGCACCAUGGGCCGGGCCCGGCGCUUCCAGUGGCCGCUGCUGCUGCUGUGGGCGGCCGCGGCAGGGCCAGGGGCAGGACAGGAAGUACAGACUGAGAAUGUGACAGUGGCUGAGGGUGGGGUGGCUGAGAUAACCUGCCGUCUGCAUCAGUAUGAUGGGUCCAUAGUUGUCAUUCAGAACCCAGCCCGGCAGACCCUCUUCUUCAAUGGCACCCGCGCCCUGAAGGAUGAGCGUUUCCAGCUUGAGGAGUUCUCCCCUCGCAGAGUGAGGAUCCGGCUCUCAGAUGCCCGCCUAGAAGACGAGGGGGGCUACUUCUGCCAGCUGUACACGGAGGACACCCACCACCAGAUCGCCACGCUCACAGUGCUGGUGGCCCCAGAGAAUCCCGUGGUGGAAGUCCGGGAGCAGGCGGUGGAGGGCGGCGAGGUAGAGCUCAGCUGCCUGGUUCCGCGGUCUCGGCCGGCCGCGGUCCUGCGCUGGUACCGCGACCGCAAGGAGCUGAAAGGUGUGAGCAGCAGCAAGGAAAAUGGCAAGGUGUGGAGCGUGAAGAGCGCAGUGAGGUUUCGUGUAGACCGCAAGGACGACGGCGGUAUCAUCAUCUGCGAGGCGCAGAACCAGGCGCUGCCCUCGGGACACAGCAAGCAGACGCAGUACGUGCUGGAUGUGCAGUACUCCCCCACGGCCCGGAUCCAUGCCUCCCAAGCAGUGGUGAGGGAGGGAGACACGCUGGUGCUGACGUGUGCUAUAACGGGGAACCCCAGGCCAAAUCAGAUCCGCUGGACCCGCGGGAAUGAGUCUUUGCCGGAGCGGGCGGAGGCUGUCGGGGAGACGCUUACGCUGCCUGGCCUGGUAUCUGCAGAUAAUGGCACCUACACUUGCGAGGCGUCGAACAAGCACGGCCACGCGAGGGCGCUCUACGUGCUCGUGGUCUACGACCCCGGUGCGGUGGUAGAGGCUCAGACGUCGGUGCCCUACGCCAUUGUAGGCGGCAUCCUGGCGCUACUGGUGUUUUUGAUCAUAUGUGUGCUGGUGGGCAUGGUCUGGUGCUCAGUACGACAGAAGGGCUCCUAUUUGACCCAUGAGGCCAGUGGUUUGGAUGAGCAGGGAGAAGCAAGAGAAGCCUUCCUCAAUGGCAGCGAUGGACACAAGAGGAAAGAAGAAUUCUUCAUCUGACCCCUCCUCUACCCCAGGCCUGAGCCUGGGCUGGGGUUCACCCCACUGCCAGCUGCAAAGACAUUUACCAGAGUCUGGGAUGGUGGGCAUCUCUUCCCACCACUAACACCUCAGACGUUUGGGCAGGGAUGGGGGUAUCAGAUGCCUGGGUCUCUGCCAAGGCCACAAGCAAGGCCCCAGAGAUCUGGGUCCCCCAGGGGUGAGGGCCAAAGGUCCAGAUCCCUCAAGUCCAGGGAGGGUGGUAGGGAUUGGGUUGGGGGAAGAUAAGGGGGAAGGCCAGGGCCCCUAGGCUGCAGAACCAGGUCUUAUGGGGAGGGGAUCAGAUGCUGGGAAG